GCGCCCUGCAUGGCAUGGGCAACCCUACGCAGUAUCUAUCGACGAACGAUGAUACACACAUCGGGAACGCACUUCACUAUUUACAAUUAGAUCCACGGGGAUAGUAAAGACUGCCCCCGGGCCCUAAACUACCAGAAGUUACUAUAUCCGAUGGGCGUCUUCAAGCAUUUAAAUACGUUUUAAAGCGUGUGCAUACAGGAAUGUGCCGUUUUUUGGGGCGAAGACUUUACAUUUACAACAACCGUAACAUAAUUAGCAUUUCAGCUCAGAACUUUUGGCUACAAACGCCAUGGUGUAAAAACGGCAUGUCUCGUUUAUUUCUGGCCAUGAUGGAUUUUUGUUAUUUACAUAAGUAUCACAAAGGAGCGGAAUGUAGCUCGCCUGUUUCUCCAACUCCAUGAAUAGGUGUUUUCGGUGCGUGCAGAACCAACCAGAAUCGUCCCUUACACUCGUGCGCAACUGUAAGGCAAUUUGUAUCACAUUCUUUAUGGAAGCAGCAUUUGAUCAUCGAGGAAUGUUCGCGGAAUAAGAAUUGUUACCCCUUUUAAAAAAAAAUCGCCACAACAAAGUAGCUUGUGCGAUCGUCGCAUCAAAAGUGAGCUGUUUUUAUUUUUUUCCCUUUCGCGUAUUGCAUAAAGUGUUUUUUUUUUUUUUUUUAAAGCCAAACGGCGAGUAAAUCCACUGGGCUACUCUACUAAAAGUUCCGGUGCGUGUAGGAGCGUACAGUGAAAUCAUGAGGAACAGUGAGGAGGCGGAGGGGUUUCAUGGCGAGGCCUCCAACACUUCCAUGAUCUCGGGAGCAAGUAGCCCAUACCAGCCCACCACCGAGCCCGUACACUCAAGGAAUGUUUUGGGUGGCAUUAGGUGUGACUUUGAGUACCUGAAGUCACACUUUGGCAUAUUAAAGGCCGUUGAAGUGGCCUUGGCCCUCAUAGCCUUCAUCUGCAUAGAGACCAUCAUGCUGUGCCUACCCUGUGGAGGGGUCUACUUCUUUGAGUUUGUCAGCUGCAGUGCCUUUGUAGUCACAGGCGUCCUCCUCCUCAUCUUCAGCCUGAGUCUGCACACCAAAGUGCCCCACGUCAACUGGAGCCUGACGGACCUGGUCAACACUGCAGCCAGCACCGUCUUCUUCUUCCUGGCUUCUGUGGUCCUGGCUGCUCUCAACCACAAGUCCGGUGCCGAGAUCGCAGCAGUGGUCUUUGGCUUCCUGGUGACGUGUGUGUACGCUGUGAACACCUUCCUGGCGGUGAAGAGAUGGCGUAUGGGUGAUGGGCGCUCAGUGGCGGUCCAGACCAGUGAGUACAUGCGAGCCCGCACUGCCUCCCGGGGAGAGAUGGAGGCACGGCCUGACCUGGCCUGAUGGAGUUGACAUUCUGAGACCAAGACUGACAUUUAGGGCUUCUAUCUUACCAUACCCUCUCUCCGACUACCCCCUAGUGACAUAACCAAUCACCGUACCCACUCCAUGGAUGAGCACUGCAGCCUCUUUACUUGUGGGUCUCGCUUGGCGAGAGUCCCCCAAGGCCUGGACCCAGAGCCCUAUCCCUCUGAGUGUACCAAUACACAGACUGGCUCAGAGAUCUACCUCUGUCGACGGUCAUCAAGAGCAUUGAUUUGAUAUGAAUGAAGUGUUUUUCUGGUUUUGAAUUCAGCGUGGUUUGAAAUCUUGCACCAGUGUUUGGUAAAUGCUCUUGACUGUGUGACUUGGUAUCUAUGGCCACCAGCACGUACUGUACAGGUUUUGGUGGUUGUUUUAUUUGCAAUACAUACAGGUAGCACUGUGUUUAGAUAUGGACUUUUUUUUUUAACACUAUAGAUCUGACACACAAAGAGAACAACAAUUUAAUCAAUUCAAUUGAUUGAUUUUUUUAAAAACGUGAACUUGAAAAAAAAGGACCAAAAGCUUAGGCCUAUUCGUUACGGCGGAUCAACCGCUUAUUAAGUUUUUAUGAACUCCGAUACUCCUGAAACACAUUCCCAACACAGUUCAGUUCCACAAUGCCAUUACAGUUCAGUUGUCUCUCUCUCUGUAGAAUAUGUAAAGUAACCCUCCUCAGUGUAUCUCACUAAUACACAACAACCGAACCACAUGGACGUUUGAAGGAAGAUUGAAGGUAUUUGUUUUUUACUAUUUUGUUUUAUUGAAGGACUUUUGAUUGACAGUUUCUUCAGAAAAUAUUCACACCCUUUGACUUAUUCCACAUUUUGUUGUGUUACAGUCUGAAUUCAAAAUGGAUGAAAUAGAUUUUGUCUCACCCAUCUACACACAAUAACCCGUAAUGACAAAGUGAAAACAUGUUUUUACAUUUUUUUUGGUGCUAAUUUAUUGAAAUUCAGGCUGUAACACAACUAAAUGUGGAAAAGGUAAAGAGGUGUGAAUACUUUUUGAAGGCAAUGUAGUUGGUGUGGGUGCUAUUUGUAAACGGUUAAAGAGUAUGAAUGUGAUGUGUAUAAGCGUUGUACCUAUAGUAUAUCUGGCCUAGUGAGUGACAGACAAAUUGCACAGUGGUACAUUACUAACAUGGUGGUACGUUUGAUAAUUGAGCGAAAUACUGAUAAACGGGUGCUGGUCGAGGUCAGCGUCCAUAGCACAUCUCAGGUAUUGGCUGACUCAUCAUUUAUGAUCUAUUGUCUGUUUGAAACUUAAAUGUGGCCGCCUUAAUAAUUGGGUCCACGGCAUACUCAUUCACAGAAUGGCGCACCAAUGUAUCUCAGUUGAAUGUGUGAUCUUAUUUAUCUUAUAUAGCAUACAUAAUCACAUAUCUUAUUUCAUAAAACACCCUCGCAGUCAAUUUAACUUCCUGGAUUUUUUUUUGUUUGGUACAGACAAAUAGAGCAAGGAACAUUGAAUUCACAUUUAUGGAGAUGUAGCCUGUUCAUAUGUGCAAGUUUGUACUGAAUGUGUCUCGGAUGAAGGACUUUUAGAAAUGUUGACGUGUUCGUUCUGGUCUUUGUAUUUUUUGUUCUAAAUAGUAUUGUGUGUUUACAUCUACACAACAUUGUGAUUCCGGGUGUUCUGUAUCCCACUGACCCUGCUGGUGAUACUGUAUGUAUAUGUGGAUUAUGGUAAAGAUACCCUCAGAGGAACUGCUCAUGGUGGAUGCUUUAUGUGUACUGAAGUGCACCCACUCCUAGUUGUGGGACAUCUUACAAAUGUUUUAAAAGAUGCCAUCUUUGUCAAAGUGAUCAUAUUUUGUGUUCAGAGUUGAUGAACCAAUAUUCUUUGUGAGGACAGUGGGAACAAACUUAAGGCCUAACUCCAUUAAUGACUUUGUAGGUGAGGGCAGGGACAUUGCACAUCUCAAAUUGCAGAUUUAAUUUGAAUGAAUUGACCGUAAUCACUGUUGAUUAUGAUUGAAACUGUGUGAAGAAUAGACAAUCAAAUGUGUGUAUUUAUGUCUCUCUAUUCAGGACUCGGUUGAUUGUUUUAAGUCGUAUAUUAUGCCUUGACUUCACAGUAGUGGAUCCAUCUCCUUUAUCUAGCAAUACAUUAUGCUCUAACAUACAGUAAUAGGCCAUGUGAGUGCAUAUGUAAUCCUUGCUUUAACUAGUAGUGAAAUGACGUGACUAUAGUGGAACAAUACAAGUUAAUGCUUCGUGAUGUCCUUAACAAUCCAGAGCACUCUGUAAAUAUAACCUAAUAUUUUGAGAUGGGUGUAUUUAUCUUACAGUAACGUCCUUAAAACAACUUUACCGACAGUGCUUCGUGCAGAGGUUAUUGCUUGUGUCAAGGUUUUGAACCACUCAACAUCUGAAAUGGCUUAUCAUAAAGUGAAGACUUAACUGCUCUUUAUCUUUUUUAAGGUUUGACCUUGAUUUUCUUAAAUGCUCUGUCACUGAUACAAGUAUUUAUUGUACUCUAGGAAGCAGUAUUAAAGUCUGUAUUGUUGUAUGUAAAGAAUUUUCUGUAGAUUUAACAAAACUAUAGUUUGUGGUGACAAACUUGUCUCAAAAUAAAUGGGUUUGGAAAUACUGUU